UAAGAGAACGUGGGCUGGGGAAUGAGGACGCGUAGGAAGGGGUCUGAUCCUGGCUGGGGGUCGCUGAAGCGAGAUGCUGUUGGCUGCCAUCUCAUUGGGUCUCCUGUUGUUGGCCCUCCUCCUGCUCCUGCGACGCCUGGGCUGGGGCUUGAUAGCUAUCUUCUGGUUUGAGUUUGUGCAACAGCCAGUCCGCAACCUGCUCAUGGGUGACACAAAGGAACAGCGCAUCCUGCGCCAUGUGCAGCAGCAUGCUAAGCCUGGAGAUCCUCAGAGCGUACUGGAGGCCAUUGACACCUACUCCUCACAGAAGGAGUGGGCCAUGCAUGUGGGGGAUGCAAAGGGCCAAAUCAUGGAUGCAGUGAUCCGUGAGUAUCGUCCCCUGCUGGUGCUGGAGCUAGGAGCUUACUGUGGCUACUCAGCUGUGCGGAUGGCCCGCCUGCUGCCCCCUGGAGGCAGGCUUCUCACCAUGGAGAUGAACCCUGACUAUGCUGCCAUUACCCAGCAAAUGCUGAACUUUGCAGGCCUGCAGGACAAAGUCACCAUCCUCCUUGGGGCAUCUCAGGACCUCAUCCCACAGCUGAAGACCAAGUAUGAUGUGGACACAUUAGACAUGGUCUUUCUUGACCACUGGAAAGACCGCUACCUGCCAGACACACAUCUCCUGGAGGAAUGUGGCCUAUUGCGCAAGGGGACGGUGCUUCUAGCUGACAAUGUCAUCAUCCCAGGAGCCCCUGACUUCCUGGAGUAUGUGAGGGGGAGCAGCAGCUUUGAGUGCACACACUACAGCUCAUACCUGGAGUACAUGAAAGUGGUAGACGGCUUGGAGAAGGCAAUCUACAAGGGUCCAAGCAGCCCCAUGAAAUCUUGAAAACACAGCUUGCCCUGAGUUCCCCUUCCAGCUUCCUUCUGCAAGAUGACACACACUCAUGCUGACCCCUCUAUGCUUCUGGAGCCCGUCCUCAAAUGCCUUGGCUCCUGACAUACCUGACUGGCACACUCUAAUGUUCAUGGGCUCACAGUCCAAAACCAUUGUGAUAACCCUGAAAAGCACCUGUGGAUAAAAGGCUGCAUUAAAGCUGAGGGUGUAAUGGCUCACAGUGCCUGCCUAGCAUGCAAGAGGCCUUGAGUUUAAUCUUAACACCAGAAAACAAAAGGGAGUGGGGGGAAAAAGUCAAAACAAGUGUCAUCCCGUUAGUGUCACCUAGAAGAUCCUCCUAGGGUUUCAGUUCCAGAUCCCUGGGCUCUGCCGUCAUCGGUCCGGACCACUGAGAAGUCAGGAGAUUGAAAAUACACAGAUGCUGUUUGACAAGACUGUCACCAGCAACACAUACCACACUUGAUCUUAAGAAUGAGUCAUAAACUUUCUAGGUGUAGUGGUGCACAUCUUUAAUCCCAGCACCUGGAAGGCAGAGGCAGACAGAUCUAAGUUUAAAGCCAGCCUGGUCAACACAGUGAGUUCCAGGACAGCCAAGGCAACCGAGAAGAGACUCUUGUCUUAAAACAAACAAACAAAAAAAAAAAGAUAGAGUUACAGUCUGUUUUUCUAGUUAUGUUGUGAUCUUUUAUUGCAAAAAGAAAUUAAAGAUCUAAGUAUUUGGAUACAAAGAUCCACUGACUAUUCUUCUUAACUACCACACUGCUCUUACCUGAUGCCAUGCUGUCCCAGCUGCUCUCGACCCAUGUGUGGUACUCAAUAGAUAGUCUCUCCGGCCCGACUUCCUGGCUUACAGAAGUGGAAGUAGGCUCUGACCACAGGGCAUGUCUGCAGGCACCCUACUGGCCAGGAUGCACCAACUCACAGGUAGAGUUACCCUAGCCCCCACCACCUCCUCCUCCAAGAGGCUCCUCAAGGCCUCAGAAGGGAGGGGACUGUUUCCAAGACUAGACACAAAGAUCAAUCCCACCUGAGCCUAGAUUAGUCAGCCAGCACACCCCUCCUGGGCUGAGGGUGCCAAAAGGAAGGAGCAAGCAGUGGCUGCAGGCCAGAACCAGAGCCUCCCACAGAAAAGAGACUUGAGGAAACUCAUCGCCAGGUGGCAGCAGUGGCUCAGUUAACCCAGUGGGACGUGCAUUCUGGCUCGUGCCUGCUGCUCUGCUGAGACUGAGUCACACGACAGGCAGUUCCUUUACUGUUUUUUAAUCUUUAAAUUUCCUUACAAAAAUUUCAAUGUUUGCUGAUACAGUCUUAUUUUGGUUUCAAUUUUAA